ACUAACAGUGCGAGAUUCUAAUUUCAAAUCUCCGAACGAGAACUUUGAUUUUUUAUAAGUUUCAAGUGCAGUGUUUUGUUUCUUGUGAGUGUGAAGUGUGGGCAUGCGUUAAGUUUUCGCUUUCUACGGCGACAGCACGAUGAUUCCCGUAAUACGGACGUGCGCCGUGCUCUGGCUAGUGGCGUGCGUGUACGGCUCUGACGACAAUGCCACCACCACCGUCAUCCGCACCACGCUGCUGCCCGCGCGCACCACGCGCACCGAGCUCAAGGUCUCGCGCAGCCUCAACCCCGACGCCACCACCACCCUCAACGUUCGCACCAGGACGGGGCACAUGACUCAACUUAUAGUCAAGAAAAAGGAUAGAUCUACGACCCUAGCCAGCACAACUAUCGCCCCAACCACCCUCCCUAUCAAGGACGCAAAUGACAUCAAACUAAACAUCACAGAGGAAAACAAAAACAAAACCGAAAGCAGAGACCAAAGAAAGCUCAAUUACGUAGGAUCGCUUAACAGCGACCUAGCUGGAUUCGAUUAUUACUUAAACCGUAAAAACUCCGAGGAACCCAGCGACAUCAAAGCGGAGUACGGCAACUGGUCGCCCGUGUCCGUCUACCCCGAGUCCCACAUUCAGGAGGACGGCAAACAGCCGCAGGCGGACCCGGAGACUUCCAGUUACUACCCCACGUACGACAACGAGAAGAGAACCGAGAACAAAAAGGUAUACAUCACAUCGACCAGCUUUUUGGAUUACGGAGGCCCUAUUAAGAACUAUAGGUUCGAUCCCAGUAAUCCGGUUAUAAAGAACGACAGGAAUCCUGUCUACAUCGAAGUCGUCAGCACGAAAGUUUCCGAUGGCGAAGGACGGUCUUCGAAAGUGCCGGAUCCCGUUAUUAUUAGUUCAGACCCCGUCUAUACGAAGAAGGUUUUGGACAAGUUCAACAAACGUGGCAGGUCUAUUCUGACACUCGGUGAUGACGGGAUUCCUGAAAUCCAGGGCGUAAGAAUGCCCGACGACGAAUCCGACAAGAAAACGUGGCGCAACGCGAGGGUUGUCAACGGUGAGCUUCAACCGUACCCAGAAGGAUAUACUCCCCCCAAGGCCAUACCGGAGGCUGACGUGUAUCCUGACGUAUCUGUUGCCGACCCCGCGCAAAACUUCGGCCCGUUCACCAAAGACGACAAUUUCGAACCGAAAGACGGACCCUUCACCAAACACGACAAUAUCAAGUUCGACGAGGGCGACAGUAUCGGCCCCUACAUGACCAGCGACAACCCAACGUUCGCAUAUAAGCACAAAAAAGAAAACCAUUAUCUGAAAUCCGGAUACGGUCCUUUCACUAAAGCCGAUAAUUCGAAAGUCGCCAACUCGAAACUCAUUGAAUAUAUUAAGCAAAUUAACGAGCAGGAAUCGAAACGCGAUUACUUCAGCGGGCGGAGCUCCCGCGCGCACACCGGCGACCUCGAGUACGCCGAGAGCCACAUCCAGCGGCGCAUGCUGCAGCACCCCGGCGAGGUCAACUACCCCAACUCCGCCAUGUACACGCCCAAGAACGCCAAGCCCGGCUUCGACGAGAGCGUUAGAAACCCCGUCCUCCAAUACGCGCACCCCGAUCUAGGCGUGCAACCCGCUAAAGUCACACGCGACAAUCCAGAAUAUUACGAAAACAAGGAACGUAAAGUAAAAUACUACACCACGAAUGUACCGAAGAGCGCUCACCCGUAUCCCAUGGAGCCCAUCGACGGAUACGGCCAGCAGCGCUCGCAGGGCCCCACCAACGCCAACCGUUACUACGAGGACGAGUACAACAAGUUCUCGUACUACGACCGCAGUCACACCAGCCCGCGCUACCCCUACAGCUACGGCUACAUCAAGCGAGUGCCCGAGCCCUCCCUCUGGAAGAAGUUCACCGACUCCAUGAAGGACACGUUCCAUACCGCGACCCAGACCGUCCAUCAGUUAGCCAAGCCGAUAACUGAUCCUAUUGCUAAAGUAACGCAACCUAUUUUUGAUCCGUUAGUCGAGGCUACGCAAAAAAUAUCACACAACUUAGGUCUGUAUCCGUCAAACUCUUUACAAACACAGAGAUAUGCUCAGGAUAAGAUCGGUGUUGCCGCGGUUGCGUCUGGAGCUCCGGCAAUGUUGCCCGCUAUAGGCUUGAUGGCCGGAGGCGCGGCGCUCGGAAUAGGCGCCGUAGCUAUGGGCAGGCUGUUCGAUGGCAACUUAAUGCGAAGUGCGAGCUUAAGCGAGGACUACGACGAGUUAGAGAAGGAACACAAGCGCGCUCUAACCGGCGCUCCGUACGACAUCGACAAAAAAUUCAUCAGCCGACAGAAGGUGUACGAUGACAAUUACAAAAUGCCGAGUGAGAACGUGUACGUGGUGAUGUCUCCCGAUGAAGCGAAGAGAUCAAAGCGAGAUGUGUUAAUCCAGGGCGAUAGUUAUCACGGCAAGGAUUUACGGAGGACGAAGCGUCAAAGACGGUCUCUGUCUGAAGACAUGCCCGAUGAGCUGCAGCACCUAGACGGCAACGAGGGUGGGUCGUCGCUGACGGCGGCGGCGAUGGAGCUGGUGCGGCAGACGGACUGGCGCGACCACCAGUGCGCGAAGCGCACCUUCUGCCGGGUGCUCACCGCGCAGACCUCCGACUCCAUCUUCGCCAUGGAGAAGAAGAUGGAAUCGUUACUGAAAAUGUAAGUAGCCUUGCCUUACCUCUGUACGCUGUUAAGGUUUUUAAGGUCCUCUAUCAUUAGCCUUCGUUUCAUCCGUACUGAAUGAGAUUCCCUGUGUAGUGGCGUCAUGAGAAUUACGUGCUUAAAAGGUACACAGAUAUUUAGAUUCGAAUUUCCCAUUUGUUCGCAUUCAGUCAAAGUAUCCGUCAUUACUAAGUGUUAAACAACUAGUCAGGUACCAAAUCAUUGCCUAAAAACCAUCCUGGAGAGCAAAUAGAAAUUUUAGAGAUCUACGACCAACAAUUCAUCAUUGUUUAGUUUUAGUUAUUCCGAAACUUUAAAAGCACAGGCCGAAAAUCUUCAAGCAAUGAAAGUUCCUGUUCAAUUUCCAAAUUUGAUGACUGCAGUAAUGGACCAUUUCUUGAGCGCAUCACAUUGCAUUCGCGCUGCUAUGCAUAUAUUCCCACACUUUUCGCAUACAAACGAGAAAUACUAACUGCCCUAUUAGAGCACACUGUCGUUGCGUCACAAGUUUCACUUUCAAAGGUCGCCAGCGCAGCGUAAAUAUCGUCGCAGUAUUCCACGCACGCGCUGUUACAGUCACCUGCUUAUAUACGCGCAGCUGACCGCUGAUGUGCGAGUAACUUUCGUGAUUUCAAUAACAAUGCAAUAAAUCACGACGGGAAUGUGUAAGGCUUACAUUCAGGUUAUACUUAGCCAGGUCAUAAGUUCUGUCAAAAAGGUUUUGACUGAUAAAAAAGCUAUAGGAUACUACCUACCUAGAAACUAAAUUUUCUGUCUCAGUUUUGCACAAUUCUAUGCAAUAUUCAGAAAAAUGUUAUAAAAAACAUGCAUAAAAUACGCGACCUGUUCGAGAUGAUUUUGAUCCCUAGUUAUUUAUUUUUCUUGUUUACAUGGUCGAAUCUUACAUAAAAUAAAAGCUGGAUCUUUUAUCUUCCUUAAAAUAUAUAAUUUAUGUGUAUUGGUAUUGCCAACCUGCAACUGUACGUGUUUUACCAAACGUACUCGUAGGAUGGCAGUCAAAAAUUUGCAAAUCACUGAAAAAUACCCUAAGUUUGAAGGGUAUUAGCUGAAGUACAGACUUGUCGGAAAACUAAUUGCAGGUGAUAAAAUAACAUUCUAAUAAAGUAGGUUCAAACAAAUAAACGAUUGUACCUAUUUUAUUAAUGUGACUCUGAUUUUUACUUCCUUUGGUAAAGUAUAAUUUUUCGCAAUCCAGCCGCGUAUUUGCAUUUAACAUCAAUCCCAAAGUAAACAAGUAGUAAAUUAAGACGUGACUUAAAUUUUAAACUAAUUAUAUUACGUUUUGAUCAGUAUAAAAUAAGC